AGUGACUGAGUUUGGAGGGAGGAUUCCGCCGUAGACAAUAACCCAAGUUGGCUCCAACUUAACGUUACACCAUGCGAAACACGCCGAGUAAAUUGCAUGUUUGUAGUGCAGUAUUGCGUGUAAACACCGUGGUUUUCUGCGCACACGGGGUGCCGUAGCGUGAAUGUUUUUGUGGGCCAUUUUCGCUGAAAUCACUGCCGCUGUUUCGCAAGCUCCCAACUCCAUUUUCCACUGAUCUCUGCACGGGCGUCCAUGCUCAACAAAGGAUGCGUGCGAUCCCCGGGAUGUAUGGUGUGUGUCGAUAUUUAAAGUCGGGUGACUCUGGGAGUGGUAUGCACAUUUAAGCAGUGUAUGUAGGGUUUUUUCCCCCCCAUUACGACACGACCUCUAGAAACGCUGUCUCAUAUUGUUUGCAGGCAUCAGGGAGAGGAUGAUGCACAACAGGAAAACCGAUCAGAACUUUGAAUUGUGGCUUCAUUUUUGACGCCACAGGAUUACACAAGGCUUUUAAAAUACAGCCCAUAGCUCCCUGCUUCAGUUAAUAAAAGGCUAAUUUAAAAUGAUGACAAAUGCACAUUUGCUUCAAGCCUUAUCUGCAUGUACGUGAAAAGUAAUGCGAAAUAUCAACAACAGCAGUAAAUCCACACAUAACCCAGUCUUAACUGUCUUGUAUUUUAAAUAGGUUUUGUUAAGAAAGCCGUCGUCGAAGGCGUUUGUUGACCGUGCUUUUAUUUUGAAAGGAGCGAACAGGAGCCGAUUCCGCUGUGGCUGAUUUGACCGUUCACUCAUCAGCAUCUUGAGUCAACUGGCGCGAGAUCCGCUCGCGGAGAGGGAGGCAGGUUGAUGUAGAAAGCCUCCGACCGGCGGCUCCGCUCUCUGCUUCUGCCGGGAGUAACGGCUGUUUUAAUCGUUUUCCACACGAUAGACUGAGUCCAGCCUCUCAGAGAGGUUAAGAUGGGUGGAGCUGCUAUCUUAAGCAUGCUAGAGACCUGAGAAAAUACUGCACAACUGCUACUGAGGACCUCAACCACCCCCACCCCACCCAUGACUUUCAAUAGUGAACCGUUGAUUGGUGUGCCUCAAACUCUGUAAUGGAAAAUCGUGAUGAUGAAGCUGAGCAGCACCACAGAACUAUGGUGGGAGAGGGGGGCAGCACGGGGGACAGCACCCCAAAGCGCAAGGGCAAGUUCUCCACCCUUGGCAAAAUCUUCAAGCCAUGGAAGUGGCGGAAGAAGAAAAGCAGCGAGAAGUUCAAGGAAACAUCAGAAGAACUGGAGAGAAAGAUGUCGACGAGGCGUACACGGCAGGAGCUUAUAGAACAGGGAGUGCUGAAGGAGGUCCCGGACAGCGAUCCAGAUACACAAAACCUGAAACAGCCCUAUGUGAAGAAUGGCCACACGCUGCCUGUGACUGCUGGGGUUGGAGGAGGUGGAGCAGUCAUCAUUGGUAGCAGGAGCCCAUGUAGCCAGGGCAAACCGCCCUUAGAGUCGGACUAUAGGGUGAGUCCCACUUGGCUCCCCCAGCCAGACGACCGGAGGGUCCGCUCUCCCUCAGAUGGAGACCGCCGGGGAGCUCCUGGCUCCAGGGGCACGGGACUGCAGGACGAUGGAUGGAGAGGGGGAGGGAUGGGGUCACAUGCACAUGUUGAGGGCGAAUGGAAGCCUAAUAUGGUCUGGCAGGGCCAGAUUCAUGGCCAGAUGGAGGAGGGCAGACGUGGGGGCAGGCUUCAUCCCGAGAACGGGCAGAAGAGACCUGGGCUGCAGAAAGCCCCAUCGGAGGACGGCAGGCGGAGUCGGCCUGCUGAAGCAGACUGGAAGCCCACACUCCCUCGACAUGCAUCUGCUGAGGAGGGAAGGGCCCGCAGAGAGUCAGACAGCCAUUUUGUCCCUGACCCGGAGGCCCUGCGGGACACCCUGCGUGAACCUUUGCCACCUAAACAGUCCGUUAUGCCUCCAAAAUGGCUGAUGAGUCCUCCUGAACCUGGCAGCAAAGGUCCACCUCGUACCCCAUCCAACCACCCCACGAGCCAGUACUCUUCUCCUUCUGCCCCAUCAGCUGUGGCGACCAAACCCGUUCGGUCUGUCUCCUCUGCAGGUGCAUCCACUCAGCAGUCAUCUGUAGCCCCAACCUCCACCUCCCAGGGCACCAAGCAGCCCCCUCUGCCCCCACCCAAGCCUACAAACAGGAGCAAUGCUGCCAUGCUGGUCUCCGCCCUGCAGGGGGGAGAGAACGCUCAGCUUCCGCUCUACUGGUCCUGUUGGAAGCGAGAGUGCGACUACGAUGUCUACCUGUCCCUGCCCGUCUACCUGUGCCGGCGGGCCGGAGGCCUGCGCUCAGGUGACUUCACCCAAGCCACUGGCGGUGCCAGUCUUGUGCCAGCCAAGCCCUCGCCACCGAUGCCACCCAAGAGGACCACCCCCAUCACUAAACGCAACACAGAGGACUCCUCGGUCUCAGGCCAUCUCAUUAGCCCCUCACCACUUUCUCUGGAGGACCAUAGCAACCUUCCUGUGGGCUUUCAGUUGCCUCCUCCUCCCCCGUCCCCUCCUCUGCCCACACACAUACCACCUUCUCCUCCCCGUCAACACAUACACACCCACCACCUCCACCAUCAGCACUCCUACCCCCACCCACUGCCCCAACCCAUACCAAUGCUGUUUGACCCACCAAGCCCAACCAAUGAGUCUCCCCAGCGCCCAGCUCCUGUGCCGCUACAUAUCAUGAUCCAGCGAGCCCUGUCCAGUCCUGGCCCAGCUCAGCCACACCCGGACGGGUCACAGCGUGCGCACACACUACUUUUCGAAACACCUCUGGAGUACCAGGGAGAUCGUGGUCGACCACUUCCUGUCAGCAUCCAACCACUAAAACUAUCCGAAGAUGACUACUCAGAAGAGGAAGAAGAAGAGGAGGAAGAUGAUGAGGAGGCAGAGGAGUAUGAUGGUGAGAUCCCCCAGCCAGAGUUGGAACCUCGUAGUAGAAGAUGCUAUGUUGGAGUUGCUGGUGCUUGUGUCAUCCCAGGGGGAAACAGCAGUGAGGAGGAGGAGGAGGAGGAAAAUGAGGAAGAAGAGGAUGAGGAAGGAGAGCAUGACAUGCGUGGAGAGGACAGCGACUCAGACGGCCCUGUGCUUUAUAAAGAUGACGACUCGGAUGAAGAUGAGGAGGACGAGCCCCCACCCAGUGCCUUGGCUAGCAGGGUCAAGAGGAAGGACACCUUGGCUCUGAAGCUGAGCAGCCGUCCCUGUGCCCCAGACAGGGACAGGUUUACCCAGGAGAGGAGCUGCAGAGACGACCAGCCUCCAGGACAGACUGGCCUCACCUGGCAGAGCAGGGAGCAGUGGGAGGCUAUCCGCACACAGAUCGGCACUGCGCUUACAAGGCGACUUAGCCAGAGACCCACUGCUGAGGAGCUUGAGCAGAGAAACAUCCUUCAGCCUAAAAAUCAGGCUGACAGACAAGCUGAGGUCAGAGAGAUCAAGCGGCGGCUGACCAGGAAGCUGAGUCAAAGACCCACAGUUGCAGAGCUCCAAGCUAGAAAAAUCCUGCGGUUUCACGAGUACGUAGAAGUCACAGACGCCCAAGACUAUGAUCGGAGAGCAGAGAAGCCGUGGACCAAGCUGACUCCUGCUGACAAGGCAGCCAUCCGGAAGGAGCUCAACGAUUAUAAGAGCACCGAAAUGGAGGUUCACGAAGAGAGCAGAAUCUACACAAGGUUUCAUCGGCCUUAACUUCCCCCUUCUUACGGAUAAUGAAGCACUUAAAAGCUGUCUGUGGCAAGAAGCUGCUCCCUAUGCAGAAAGAUCGCUCUUUUACGUUUCCCGAAUGUAAUGUACAGAUUAUCAGGGAAAACCUGGAACUGACUCAAAACAAGAAUGCUUCUCGCUUGCCCUCCAUCUCCCUUCCACUACAUUGCUUUCACUAAACUGAGGUGGCGGUGGGUGAUGACAAGAUGCAGUAUCUCUCCUGGAUGACAGGGGGAACCACGUGCCAAUGAAGUGGGGAAGUGACAGAACCUACAGGGCUUACUCUCAGUCUGCUCUUAUGUGGUACCCCUCAGGGACUUGGAUCUAGUUACAACCUUUAAUGCGGCCUCAUUCUGUGUUGCCUUUUUUCUUCUUUACUGUAUAUGGAAAAGCUAAUUCAUUUUGUUAAUGUAAUAACAUACAAUAAUAGUUAUAAUAAUGAUGAUGACUUAGAAUACUCCACACAGGAAUAAUAGAGACACACGGCUGUGGUGGGAGCGUGCUGGAGGAUGAAGACUGGGAUAUUCUGUUGUAGGACUGGACAUCUCUGGGAUAUUAUGUAUGUUUUAUAUGAACUGUGUACAGACUGCUAUUGUUAUACCUUAGAAUGGAACCUGGAAAGAUCUAAUUACAAAAUAUUCUAUAAUGCACAAGAUAUUUUAUAUUGUAAUUUUGAUUACAUGAGUAGUGACAGCUUUUAUUUGAGCCUUUUUUUAAUUUGGCUUGCCUGUAUUUAUGGUUGUGAUGUGAGGUGGCCAUUUAAGCGUCAGUCUAGAUUUAGAAAAACGGUGCAGGUCAGGAAGCUGUUGUUUUUUUGUUUUUUUUUUAAAGUGUGCCAAGCCAACAUACCCAAUGCCUGGAGAACUGAUAUCUGCAAUCCACUGCAUGAGCCAACACAGAAUCCAAUGCCAUCGUAUCUGAAUAAUCUGUCUUCAUUUAUACUUUUUUUUAUGAGUUUUUGUACUUCCCUUUAAAGGUCAAACAUGCAAUGCAUUCUGUAGCCAUUUUGAAUAAGGUCAUGCUAGUGGUGUCAAUGCUAUGAGUUAAAUGUAAGUUGCUGUGAGUUGUAGAUCAGGGAAAUAUUAAAAAAAAAGAUAACAGAAAAUGUAUAAUCGGUCACCAGGGAGUCACUUUGGCUGGAACCUUCUGAAAGUGUUUUUUUCUUGUAUUGUUGUCUGGCCAGUAGCUUACAGGGUUCUCUAUGAUGUGUACAGGUUGAUAUAGAUUUAACUGAUGCUUGUGUAUAUCUUGUCUUCCUUUCAUUUGAGAAGAAAUUUUAAAUAUAAAAGUAUUAUAGGUUGCUAUUUUUUUAAGCACAUAAUAUUAGUUGAUGAUUAAAUGCUACAAAGACUGGGAAUAUGAAAUUGUACCUUUUCUGUAAAAAUAAGUUCAUUUUUAAUUGAAUGUGGAAUUGAAUGGAAUGACAGUUUUCUUUUUAAUUGUAAAUAGUCACAUCUGGAUCUAAUUAAAAACCGUACAAUUCCUUGAA